AAGAGAAACGCGUUUUCUUCGUAGCGGCUUGGUGCGUGUUUAAACCAUUCUGCCUGGAGAACGUAUUGGCGCUGAUGCUUCGGCUCUGGGGAGACAAAGAAGCCCCGCUGCAGGCCAGAGAGCGGAACUGAUGUGGAGGCGAUCGUGAAAGUGUAGAAGAGAGAGAGAAAGCUCCGAGCAGCAGCAGCAGCAGCAGCAGCAGCAGCAAGGUCUGCGAAAUGUGCCCCUCUGUGGCUGCUCCCGAAAGAAGGCAGAGCUGCGGCUAGAUGGAGAGAGGAGGAAAGCUCCGGGCGGGAGAGCCUGUUUCCCCGCGCCCGCUUCCGUGAAGGCGAGCGAGCCUUUCGGGGAAAUCUGUUCUGACCGCAGCAGAGCUGCAUGGCAGCCCCCGUGGUCUAAAGAUAGGAUCUGAAAGAGCCUUUGAGAAGAAGUUUGCCGCAAGGGUCACAAUGAACUGGACACCGGUUGUGAGCUUAACUGUGUUGUGGGCAACAUGGCUAGUGUGUGGCUCACACAAGCCAGUGAGGCAAGCUGAGAGAGGGAGUCUUGGGGUCAGAAAAGUACCUGUGGCCUACAGGAGCAGUAUCAGGAGAUCCGCUUCGACCCAACCCAGGUUAGGCAAGGUGCCUCAGAGACUUGUAAACCUUUCUGGGACAUAUUGGCAACGCCCCCUUGUUAAAAGGGAUUCUUUGGAACCUAAAAACCCAGCAGCCUCUUCCUCAAAAAAUAAAUCUCAGGUUCAGAUAAAGACUGGUAAGAUGAAAAUACGACAGAUGAAAAGACCUAAGUUGGAAAUGAUCAAAGAUGAAGGAACAUCCACUGCAGUCCAGUCACGGACUGUGCGUUUCCCAUCAGGGUCUAGUUCUCCCAAUAUUCUGGCUAGCUUUGCAGGCAAGAAUAGAGUCUGGAUCAUCUCUGCUCCUCAUGCCUCCGACGGCUAUUACCGGCUUAUGAUGAGUCUGCUGAAGGACGAUGUCUAUUGUGAGUUAGCGGAAAGGCAUGUCCAGCAGAUUGUACUGUUCCAUGAGGAAGGUGAGGAAGGUGGCAAAGUUAGGAAGAUAACCCCUGAGGGGAAAAUCCUGGAGCAGCCUCUAGAUCCAAGCCUCAUUCCCAAACUCAUGAGCUUUUUGAAACUAGAGAAGGGGAAAUUUGGUAUGGUGCUGUUAAAGAAGACAUUACAAGUUGAGGAAAGGUACCCUUAUCCGGUACGGCUGGAAGCUAUAUAUGAAGUCAUUGACCAGAGUCCCAUCAGGAAGAUAGAGAAGGUAAGGCAAAAAGGCUUCAUCCAGAAAUGCAAAGCAGCUGGAGGGGAGGGCCAGAUCCUCAAGGAAGGGAUCAGUGGGGGUAGCAGCACAAGAGCAUCUCCAAGUGGUGGACGUGUCCAGUCACUUCCAAGGAGGGAAGAAUCAAGAAAAGGCAAUAUGCAACCAACAAGAGUUAAAACUGUGAAGAAAGUGGUGGCAGCCACAGUGCCACCUCCUCCUCCUCCCACUACAUCUAGAGCCACUACCUUUCCUCCAACAACCACAACUCUCAGGCCAGUUGCCAGGAUAAUGACAAUACCAAGCAGACCCACAACCACCCUCACAACUGUUCCUACUACACAGAGAAUGUGGACCACAAAGUCACUCACACAGCUUCCCACAGAGCCUGAGGCAACUACCCCUCGUGAGACAGAGAAUUUCUCCCUUUCCAUAUGGAGAGAAAACCGCAGGGGAAAGCAUCCAGGCCACACACAAAGACAACCAACAGCUACUAAAAGACCCAGCAAAGCUAGUCAUUAUGACACUUACACAGAAAUCCCAAAAGCCACCUCGGAGCAUUACACCAGGGCAAACACUGGCAGAUACAGAGACAAUCGUACAGACAAGAAGGAUGAUAACAGUCGGGAUCCCCGCAUCACAGCUGGCCAGCACAAGCCCAUUAAAAGCAAGCAGUCCAAAAAGAAAGCCCAGGACAAAAUACUGCGCAAUGAAUACGAGGAUAAAUAUGACUUGGGGCAGCCUGCCGUUCCUCGUUUAGAGGAAGGCGUCCCCAUAGGAAAUAUCCCACCCAAGAAAGCCAAAGAGCCAAAGAAACACAUCCCUUUAAAUAAAUCUGAAAAGAAGAAAGAAAGAUAUGACAAGAAAACUGAGAAGCAGGCCAAGAAGGACAGAGCUGAAAGGAAAAGCAAGCAAGAGAAAGAGCGUAACAAGAAAAACAAGAAAGGAAGCAAGACAGAGAAUGAGGGAAGCCUGAAACCUCCUGCUAAGUCUUUCACGCAGACCUCCAAGAAAUCUGUGACAAACCUUCUGGACUUCUUUGAAGGCAAAAGACGACUUUUGCUGAUCACAACACCCAAAGCUGACAACAACAUGUAUGUGCAACAGAGGGAUGAAUAUCUGGAGAGCUUUUGCAAAAUGGCGACUAGAAAAAUUUCAGUUAUCACCAUCUUUGGCACAAUGAACAACAGUCACAUGAAGAUCGAUCACUUCCAGCUAGACAAUGAAAAUCCCAUGAAGGUGAUAGAGGAUGAAGACCUUGUGGACCAGAAUCUCAUCAAUGAGCUGAGAAGAGAAUAUGGAAUGACCUAUAAUGACUUCUUUAUGGUGUUGACAGAUUCUGAUAUGAAGGCCAAGCAAUACUAUGAAGUGCCGAUUGCCAUGAAGUCUGUGUUUGAUCUGAUAGAUACUUUCCAGUCACGUAUCAAAGAUAUGGAAAAGCAGAAACGGGAAGGCAUUGUUUGCAAAGAAAACAAGAAACAAUCUCUGGAAAACUUUUUGUCCAGAUUCCGGUGGAGACGGAGGCUACUGGUAAUAUCUACUCCCAAUGAGGAAGAUUGGGCUUAUUCACAGCAGCUUGCAGCCCUGACAGGGCAAGCCUGCAAUUUUGGUCUGCGGCACAUAAUUGUCCUCAAGUUGUUAGGCCUGGGAGAGGAGACUGGAGGAGUCCUAGAACUGUAUCCAAUCAAUGGGAGUUCCAGUGUGGAUAGAGAAGAUGUCCCCAUUCAUUUGGUGAAAGAUAUCCGCAAUUAUUUCCAAAUCAGCCAUGAAUAUUUUUCCAUGCUUUUGGUUGGCAAAGAUGGGAAUGUCAAAUCUUGGUAUCCUUCCCCAAUGUGGUCCAUGGUGAUUGUGUAUGAUUUGAUUGACUCUAUGCAACUUCGACGACAGGAGAUGGCCAUUCAGCAGUCACUUGGCAUGCGAUGCCCAGAAGAUGAAUAUGCAGAGUAUGGCUAUCAUGGUUAUCACCAAGGUUAUCAGGAAGGUUACCAAGAUGAUUAUCGUCACCAUGAAAGUUACCACCAUGGAUACCCCUACCGAAAGUAGCAACUUAGCCUUUGACUGCUUGCAUCUUAGUAGUCAUUCAAGCCACAAAAGGCCACAUGCGGAAAUAGUUUCAUGAUUACCUGAACAUUUUCUAUUCCCUUAGUGUUCAGUCAAGGGAGUGUAUAAGAUUUUGGCUUUCUCUGUAACCCACAUUUCCAUGAACUGAAAUAUGUGAAAUUAAUAUCACUGAUGCCUUAUUAAAUAAAGACUCCUUUAUAUUUUA